UGUUAGAUCAGCUGCUCAGAGCGUGACUGAAGUUCUGCUCCCUGCAGCUCUGGGCACUGCUACUGGGUUCCUCGCAGGAGAAGCACCAUGGCUGCCAGUGGGGCAGAGCUGAGUCUGCGGUACCGUGACAGGGUGGCAGUCAUAACGGGGGGCACCAAGGGCAUCGGAGAAGCAAUGGUCAAGGAGUUUGUAAAGAGUGGCGCCAGGGUGGUCUUCUGCUCGAAAGAUACAGAGGCCAAAGCUCUGGAGAAUGAGAUAAAGGCAGCGGGGCCAGGAGACUGUAUAUAUGUUUGUUGUGAUGUCACAAAAGAAGAAGAUAUUAAGAAGCUGAUUGAGAUUACUGUGAUGAACUAUGGACAAAUUGACUGUCUGAUCAAUAAUGCAGGAUGGCAUCCACCAGAACAGACAAUAGAUGGCACCAGCGCUGAUGAUUUCCGUGACCUUCUUAAUCUGAAUCUGAUUGGCUACUUUCUUACUGCAAAGUAUGCUCUGCCGCACCUGAGGAAAACACAAGGGAACAUCAUCAAUAUAUCCAGCCUGGUUGGUAUCAUUGGUCAGAAACACGCUAUCCCUUACGUGGCCACAAAGGGUGCAGUCACAGCAAUGACAAAGGCAAUGGCGGUGGAUGAGAGUCGGCACAAUGUGAGAAUUAACAGCAUUUCCCCUGGGAACAUAUGGACACCCCUCUGGGAGGAGCUUUCAAGCCACUCAAAGAACUCUGAAGCUAUGAUUCAAGGAGGCAUCGAUGCACAGCUGCUGGGACGGAUGGGCACAGCUGAGGAAUGUGCCAAGGCUGCUCUGUAUCUGGCAGCAGAGGGCACAUUCUGCACUGGCAUCGAUCUGCUGCUGACGGGAGGAGCAGAGCUCAACUAUGCCAACAAAAGCCAGCACAGGGCACACAGCAGCAUUUACCAUUAACUCUUUAUGUGCAGUUCCAUCAAAAUGGGCAUCCCAGCUGGAGCAUACUGGCCAAAGGGGCAGGUCAGUAUAACGGAUUGAUGUUCAUGUGUUCUACCACUGAAGCUAUGAAGAUAUUUCUCUAAGGGCACAACAGUAAAGCUAAGCCCUGCUGCAGAGCCUCUUGGGAAACAGAACUGCCCAUCAGCAUUCCAAUUCAGGGAACUUGUUUACACUCGUGUCCUUCCCUAUGGAAUCUCCACAUGGUUACACAAUGGCAGGAACUACUGACCUUCUACUCUAACAAGAAGCAGGCAGCAACACACAGCACAGGUCUUGGAGCUCUUUUAAUUCCUACUUUCUGUGCUUGUAUAGCGCUCUUAAGGUCCCCAUAGAGGGGCCGAUUCCAGCUGCCGAUAUCGGUCCCUUAGAUUGAUUCGACAGCUAAUC